AUGGCCGACCCGGCCAGUUCAUUUGAAGUGGACACAGUGCCCGUUAUACCGGCCUCAUGGACGCAAAAUUCUAACACGGACAAUGUCUUUGGUUGGCUGAGGCCUAUGAAUGAAUUUGCGCGUAAUGCGUUUCACCUUGUUGUGGACAACAUGAUUCACAAUCCAGACACCCACCUACAUGAGCGCCAGUUCAUCCAUUUGGACGGCAAAGAGACUCUCAGAUCUGUAAGCGUUUCUGGUUCAGACGAUCAAGCCGAUCAAGAAGAGCCAGAUCAAGUACAAUUUGUUGGAGCUUUCAAGUUCAGCACUUCGGUACAUCCGAAAAACCUAGCCAAGGGAUGGUUCAUCGGCACCGGGCGUGGAAAACCAGAGGUAGAUGUUGUGAUUGGGCCACCCGAUUCGAAAUGGUACAGCAAUAAGAUCCUGGGAAAUCAUGCACGACUUUACAUUCACAAGGAGUCAUGUCAGACCACGGUGGAAGCUCUUCACAGUAUGGAGGUCAGUGGGUCAACAGGAUUCAAGCACAUUGAUCAAAGGAUGAGUGCUUCUUCCAAGGUUCUCGAAGACGGGCAUCUGGUUGAAUUCGGGCGAUGCAUGUACCUCUUUCAUCGUGGAGACGCCAUUGCAAAUGGCAAAUUUGAGGAAAGCCUCUCUGGAUUCAUGAAAUAUCAUCACGGUGAUCAGUGGAAGGCUCACCCAAUACUCUCAGCACCAUCGACGGGUUCUCAUCUGACCUUUGACGGGUAUACCUUCUUACCUGGAGCCUUUGCCGGAGGAACAUUUGGUGAAGUGACCGCGGGUUGGGCACAAGAUGGCUCGGCUGUUGCAAUAAAAAGAUUCAAACGGCCGAAUGGAAAGCAGCUCAGUCAACAUCAGAAGAUUAUGAACCUUACUGGUAAACAUACAAAUAUCCUGGAACUCAUUCAUUCAACCAGCAACCUCGAGCCAGCAUUCCCAGCUAUAUAUUGCGUGUACAGCCCUUUGGCUCUGGCUAGCCUUGAAGAUGUGGUCAUUUCCAAUAAAAUCAACCUCUCUGCUCAAAUUGCAUUACUCUGCGACUACUUGCGAGGUCUGGUAUAUCUACACGAAACCAAAGGGAUAAUGCAUCGGGAUAUCAAACCUAGUAACCUCGGUGUUCUUUCCUUCAGCCCUCCCAGGGGAAUCAUCUUGGACUUGGACGCAGCCACGACAGAGAGAACAUCAGAUGACCACAAUCAAGGAACAUACGCCUAUCUCGCGCCCGAGAUCAUAAAUCUGAAGAUGGGGUCUACGGUCGAGCAGAAAAGAUAUGGAAGCUCAGUAGACGUAUGGGCCUUGGGUAUGAGCGCCUUCCGCGCCUUGAGAGGGCAACAUGUCAAUUGGAAUGAUUAUGAUGAUAUGUGGACAAGAGGUCGAAAGUUGCCGGGGACAGAGAUUACCGACUUUGUCUUGGAGGCCAGGCUAAAAAGGUUCCAUGACCGUUUUGAGCAAAGGGUCAUCACGCUCGGGGAGCAUUUGAAAUAUUUCACGCUUCUCCAAGGGAUGACUAUGUGGGAUCCUACUGACCGGCUUUCCGUGUCUUUGGCACUGAGGGACGCCGGAAACAUUGCAGCAAGACUGGGAGAAGCGACCAUAGUUCCAAGGCAGAGUACUCAGGGUACCAAGCGUAAAAUCGGCGAGAGUUGA